UUCUCUUUCUCAAUCCUAUUCAGCCAUCGAAGAAACAACAACAAUGGCAGCGGAGGUAAAGAGGAAGAUUUCAGCAGCAUCAGCUAGGUCCCAUACCAGGAAUUCCAAAUCCAAUUCUUCCUCUUCCUUCCCUUCAGGGUUUUUCAUACUAUUAGUCUUCAUUAUCGGGUUUCUAGCAUGGGCUUAUCAAUCAGCUUGUCCACCCGAACCCAUCAAACUCGGAUCUCCAGACGGACUUCCCAUUACAACCCCAAGAAUCAAGCUUCGCGAUGGUAGACAUUUGUCCUAUAAAGAAUAUGGAGUACCAAAAGAGGUCGCAAAAUACAAAAUCAUCUAUGUCCAUGGAUUCGAUUCUGUCAAGCAUUACGCUGUUAUUGCCACAUCGGCCUCUCCAGAUCUAAUUCAAGAUUUAGGAGUAUAUAUUGUUUCAUUCGAUCGACCCGGGUAUGGAGAGAGCGAUCCAGAUCCUAAACGAACUUUGAAGAGUUUGGCUUUGGAUAUCGAAGAACUUGGUGAUCAAUUGGGACUCGGAUCAAAAUUCUAUGUGGUUGGUUUUUCAAUGGGAGGUCAAGUGAUCUGGUCGUGUUUGAAAUACAUUCCUCACAGGUUAGCAGGAGCAACUCUUAUAGCUCCAGUAGUCAAUUACUGGUGGCCACGUUUGCCAUUGAAGUUAUCACAAGAAGCGUAUUCAAAACAAUUCAUUCAGGAUCAAUGGAGUCUGCGUGUUGCUCAUCACCUUCCAUCAUUAACAUACUGGUGGAACACUCAGAAGCUGUUUCCUUCUCUAACUGUUAUUGCUCAUAGCCCUUAUAUUCUUUCCAGACAGGAUAAAGAACUCGUGCCAAAGUUUACAGCUGGCAGAGCAGCAGUUGAGGGACAAGUGAGGCAGCAAGGAGAAUAUGAAUCUGUCCACCGUGACUUGAAUAUUGGAUUUGGUACUUGGGAAUUUGACCCGAUGGAGAUUGAGAACCCGUUUCCGGAUAAUGAAGGAUCCGUUCAUAUUUGGAUGGGUGAUGAAGAUAUACUUGUGCCUGUGACACUGCAACGUUACAUUGCCCAACAACUUCCAUGGAUAAAAUACCAUGAGAUCACGGGUGCUGGUCAUAUGUUUCCUUAUGCUGAUGGGAUCAGUGACGAGAUCUUAAAAGAACUACUUAUUGGUAAAAAUUAGAUUAAAAUAUGCUUUUUUGGGGGUUUGUUACUAGCUAUUUAAGUUUUUGAGAACAUGAUGAAACUGUUGUGUUCUGUACAAUGUCCUCAUCACAACAAACUUUAGUACCUUUACCUUUACCAGACUAGAUCUUACUUAUGUUCAUAGAUGUCUCUUUAUGAAUGAUUUUUCUUGAGGCC